AUCAAAAGUGUAAACAAAUAAUAUCAUCAAUUCAACAUUUGACGUUUGUGAUUAAUGGAAAUGGAUUACGGACUUACACACAGAAAGUUAAUAUCGGACAACGAUCAAUGAUUGAAAAUGAACAAUUCCGAAUAUAAGAACUACCAUGAAUCCUUCAUGCAAAACAAUCACGGGUCUACAGCAGUUCAUACUUUUUUGAGUGUAUUUUUUACAGUGCAGUGUGCUUUAUUUUGUGCUAUUAAAGUCCCUAAUCACGGUUUAAAACAGUAUGUAUUAGAAUACAUUAUAAUCGUCCUCCCAACUAUAGUAGCGCACACGGUAUUUUCCAAUUACAUUAAUGAACUCAACCUCUGUGUGUCUGUGUUAUUAUUGUAUGAAAUAUUAAAAAAUAUUAAAUACAGUGAAGUUUACGACGCUUUCAGAUGUAUGAACAACUUUAAAAAUGACAAAAUACUAUCAGUAUCUUGUCUGAGGGGCCUAACUUAUCUAAUAACUGUAAUUUGUAUUUUGGCUGUUGAUUUCAAAGAUUUUCCCAGACACUUAGCUAAAACUGAAAAUUAUGGGUACAGUUUGAUGGAUACUGGUGUUGGUCUUUUCAUAUUAAUAAGCGGACUUGUACACAAAGAAUACAGUAAACAGAAUUAUGUGUCAAUUUUAAAGAGCAAUACAAAAUUUGUUAGUAUUCUUUUGAUACUCGGUGUGACCAGAUACUUGUCUAUAAAACAGUUAGAUUACCAAAAUCAUAUCACAGAGUAUGGUGUGCAUUGGAACUUCUUUUACACUCUUGCUGUUUGUAAAUUUGUAUCUUGUCUCCUCUUAAUAUUGCCAUUUGAUCCCUUGUUUUUGAGUAUCACUAUAUUAAGUUUUCAUGAGUUUUUAUUGUACAAAAAUUUAGAGGCUUGGGUGUUUAGUGACACACCGAGAAUUAAUUUAAUAGAUGCAAAUAAAGAAGGUAUCACAUCAAGUCUUGGUUAUGUAGCAUUAUAUUUAUUUGCUGUCAAAUUAAAAAAGAUACUCACUAAUAAAUCUGUUACUCGAUAUCAUGUGAUACAAACACUAAUUAUCAGUUCCGUUGUAUUAUUGAUUUCCUCCUAUAUUUGUAACUUGUACCGACCUGUUUCAAGGACUUUAGCUAAUGCAGGCUAUUCUUUAUACCUGUCAGCAAUAACUGCAUUAGUUUUGUCUCUGAUGUAUGUUUUAGAAAUAGUAUUUGGCUAUAAAAACAUUAGCUUCCACAUUCCAUUGAUAUUAGGUGCUAUAAAUGAUAAUGGAUUACUGUACUUUCUUAUUGCCAAUGUUGCCACAGGCAUAAUAAAUAUGUCCGUAAGAACAUUGUUUGUCCCGGCUAUGGCAACAUUUGUCAUAUUAAAUUUUUACAUGAUACUCAAUAUAAGUAUUAUUGUUUAUGCUAACAGGAAAGGUAUAAAAUUAUAAAACAAUUUUUGUAAGAAAAUAGUUUUAUUUUAUAAUAAAAUAUUAUUAAAGCCUAUUGUAUGUUAUACAAAUUUAUAAUUACUUGCUUUACCAAAAAAAAUUGUAAAAUAAUGUCAUACAUUAUGCUAAAUAUGAAUUAAUUAGCAUUGGAAUAUAUUGGCAAGGAGUUUUCUAUGCAAUCUACUUUCAAUAUAUCUUUUAACAUACAUAUAUAUAAAAAACAAUUCUAUAGAAAUGUGAAUAUAAAAGCAAUAUACAUAUACAUGACAUAUAAAAUUAAAGACAAAUAUAAUCCCUGUAUCUGACUUUGUGACUUUCAUCUACAUUACGUCUUAUAUUUGAUAACAACUGGACAAUUCACUAACUAACUUUGACAUAAAUGUUAGCUACCUAAUUCAGUUAACAUCAAAUCAAUAAGAACCACAUUUUUUGAUAACCUUAUAUCUUGUUGUUAACAAAAUACACAAUGUCAACUGGGCAAUAUCCAUUACCUACUCUAUGAUAUCCACAAAGGGUUGUUAACCACCGGAUGACAUUUUUUACCUAAAAUCUCAAUUUUUAUCAGUCACAUGACUUGAGAAUUACUAACAAUAGCUUGUUGGUAAAAUUCGUGAAUGUAUUGUCCACAAAAGUUACUUAAAGUUAAUGUGCUGACUGGAGUAUGUUGUUGUAUAAAUGUUUCAUAUUUCAAAGUUUUGCCAUACUCAACACUAAGGUAUACAGUGUGACUGGUGUAACUGACACUGACACUACAGUGACACUGGUGUCUGUAGUUUUCUAUCCAGCAUCAACAGACACCAGUGGAUGGGUGUAUCUAUCUAUAGGAUUGUUAUAACGAUUUCUAUGUAAUAAGUAUUAUAUCUACAGAAGACAGUUUGACUUUGGAUGUAGUAGUAAGCUAGUAAGACAAAUAUGUAUAGCUUGGCAACUUCGUUUGUAACACUCCCGAUGUUCCUAGCGGGCCGGGGGGCGUGUAGCGACAAACCCACGACCCCGCACGCACAAAUUCACACCCGCGCAGUCUUUCCCCACGUCGCCCGCAUAUCAUGGGAGUGUUACCAACGAACUUGCCAAACUAUAGUGUGUACUACUAAAGCAAUGUCAGCAUAACAGAAAAGCAUUGUUAAUUACAAGGACAUCUAAACCUGUUAACCUAAAGCCUAACUCAAUGUCAAAAUAAAGAAAUUUUUAUAAAAAAAA